AUGGCAGAAGAUAAUGAGUGGCAGAAACUUCCUACAAUUGAAAAAAUCGAGCAUAAGCAAUGGAAGGCUCGCGUUGAAGGGUAUGAAGAGGCCGUCAAGUUAUUUUCCACCCAGUCAUCCGAUAAGAGUCCCGUAUUCAACGAUUAUGUGGGCCUUAUGAAAAAAAUGGUCGUUGACAGCAACGCAAUAGCUCAGGAAAAGGCCAUUGUUGUCUCCGACGUCUGUUCUGGGAUUGUCAAUAAAUGCCUUAAUUCAACGCGCGCGAAAACAAAAGAAAAAGGAAUUGAAAUUCUUCUCAUUUACAUCGAACUAGAAAAGGGCGAUGUAGUUGUGGAGGAAUUGCUCAAGGGCUUAUCAGCCAAGCAGCCGAAAAUCGUAGUUGGAUGCGUACAAGCUCUCAAAGAGGCUCUUUCGCUCUUCGGCUCAAAAGUAGUCUCAAUCAAGACUGUUCUAAAGGACACUCUUCGCCUUCUUGAAGAUCGUGAUGGAACGGUUCGAAAUGAAUCCAAAGAGCUUAUAGUCGAAAUGUAUAGGUGGGCAGGACCUGCCAUAAAACCACAACUCUCUGGAUUGAAACCUGUCCAGAUAACUGAACUUGAAGCGGAGUUCGCGAAGUUGCCAGCCGCUAAACCUGUGCCUACUCGGUACCUUAUCAGCCAAAAGCCCAAAGAAGAUCCACAUGCAGCAGAGAUAGCGUCUGAUAAAGGCCCUCAAGAAAGCCAGGACAACGAACCACAACUUGACGCAUAUGCUCUUGCCGAUCCAGUGAACAUUUUAUCUAAAAUUCCAAACGACUAUUGGGAAAAGAUAGAAGCCAAAAAGUGGCAGGAACGAAAGGAAGCCCUAACGCUUGUAGAGCAAUUGACAGAUGUCAUCAAACUCGAUAAUGGAGACUAUUCGGCUCUUCUGAAUUCAUUAAUUAAAGUUAUUUCCAAAGACACCAACAUUCUUUUGGUUGGCCAAAGUGCCAAAAUCGUCGCACAGAUCGCAAACGCCCUACGGGACGGAUUCAAACCGUAUGCCAUCUCCACUAUAAAGGCCUGUUUUGAGAAAUUCAAAGAAAAGAAACCGACUGUGCUUGUCGCCAUUCGGUCAGCGGCAGAUGCAGCCCAAAAAUCGGUAACGUUGGACAGUCUGCAGGAAGACAUCAUCGAAGCAUUAAAUAACAAAAAUCCGGGCAUUCGUGCCGAGACUGCCCUCUUUCUCAGUCGCAUUUUCGCCAAAAUGACCAUUGUCACACUGAACAAGAAGAUACUGAAGACAUUUGUAGUACCUCUUCUCAAGUGUUCCGCCGAUAUGGUGCUUGAGAAAAAUAUCUCGCCAUUCCUUACGGAUAUCGACAACAUCCGGCUUAAUCGUAUCAAGGAGUUCUACGAAAAAGCAGCCAAUGAGAAAAAAGGAGGCAGCAGUGGUGAUGCUGACAAGGCAGCCACAUCAAGCUCUGACGCAGCGCCCCCUGUUGCUCCUUCGAAGCCAACCUUCAAGGUCGUGAAGGGCGGUAAGCCCGCAGGAGCCGCGGCAGGCGAAGGUAAGGCGAGUGAGGACGCCCCGCCAAAACCCACAAAGCCUGCCGGUGCAAAGAAGAAGGUCGACUCAGCAGCCCCGCCUUCCGACGGUCUACCUAAAGAGCAACUCUGGUCGGAGGAUGUCUUAGAAGCCAAGAUCACUGAAGCAUACGCGGAGACCCUGCUGGCCCAGCUCGCCUCGUCUGUGUGGAAGGAGCGUCUGGAGGCCAUGGAAACCCUGAAAAACAGCAUCACGCAGAUGCCACCCGAACAGCUGUCCUGUCAACUGGUCUGUCGCCUUCUCCUGAAGAAGCCUGGCCUCAAAGACAACAACUUCCAGUCCAAAUUUGAUCUGUCUGUCAUUCGUGUUUUCUGCGGCCUGACAACAAAAAGAGCUGUAGCUGUAUGCCUUUAG